GUAUUUGAAUCCUGUCUGAAAAACGCUGGAGGCCGAGGAAGGGUUCCCUUGUGACGUUGGAGGUCUGUGACGGGGAGAAACACCCCCACGGCGCGUCAUCCUGCUACUACGUACCGACGCGGAAAAGGAACGACGCGAUUGAGUGCUCAGGGCAGUGGCUAUCCUCCAUGCACCCAUCACUGUACUAAUGCCUGGUGGUGAUUGGCUGCGAGGCUGUCCGUCAUGAAGAAGAGAGCCAAUCGGAGGUCGGAGAUGGAUGAGGCCUUGUGCUGUUGUGAGUACAUCAACCGCCAAGGAGAGCGGAGUCAUGUGGCCGCCUGUUGCUGCGACUGUGAGGACCUGGAUGAGGUCUGUGACAGGUGGAUGAAGCUACAGCCCCAGGCGCAGGGCUCCCUGGACCGCCUCUCCGCCGUGCUCUCGGACCGCGUGCGCGUGCCCUGGCUGUGGGGCGGGGCCCGCCGACUGGAGCUGUCCGUCGUCCCGCCCCUCGUACUGCUGCCCGCGCUGCUGCGGCUGGCCGCGCUGCACUUCCUGCUGGGCGUGGCGGUGCUGACGGCGCUGCCUGUGCUGGUGCUGUGGUACUACUACGUCACCCACCGCAAGAAAGGCCGCACCCUGUUCUUCCUCAGCCUGGCGCUCUUCUCCCUGGCCUACAUGUACUUCCUGUUCGUCAGCGAGGUGCUGCCCCGUGGCGGCGUCAGCCCUGUCCAGCUGGCGGUGGUGACGGGUGGGGUGGUGCUGACGGUGGCCGCUAUGCUCCACACCAAGCGGGACCCGGGGUUGGUGCGGCAGGCCCGACCCCCUCACAGCACCGUUACCUACGCCGCGGCGCGCUACCACACAGACCCCGCCUUCCAGGGGCCUGUGGGGAGGGAGGAGGUGCUGCUGGGGCCCGAGGGGGAGCAGAGCGCCCGGGAGGACUGGUGCCUCGCCUGCGGUCUGGCCCGGCCGCCCCGGGCUGGACACUGUCGGAUCUGCGGCGUGUGCGUGCAGAGGCUGGACCACCACUGUGUCUGGAUCAACAGCUGUGUGGGGCAAGCCAAUCACUGCAGCUUCCUGCUCACACUCCUCCUCUUCCUGCUGACGUCGCUGUACGGCAUUGGUCUGGUGCUGCGCAGCGUGUGUCCUGGUCAGAACGUCCUCCUCGCCCUGCUGUACUGCCCCGGCGUCUAUCGCCAGUACAGCGACGCGCUGUGCUUCACCUGUGCGUGGUACUGCAGCAUGGUGACGGCGGGCCUGCUCCACCUGCUCCUGGUGCAGCUGGUGCACGUCAGCCUCAACGUGACGGAGCGGGAGGUCCGCCUGGCCGCGCGGCACGGGGCCCCCGGCGACACCACCAACUACUCCCGCGGUCUCCGUGACAACUGGGCCGAGUUCAUGACCAUGCACCUGAAGGCACCAGCGCCCACCCUUGACGCGGUGUGAGGGGUCAAACGGCUCUUAUUUAUUCAUUGUUCUGGCUGCUGUACCGUCCAAGGACACUAGAUGGCAGUAUGGCCCCUUCCAGGCUGAACUGCCCUGAGUCAGGUUGUGAAUAGACUUGACUAAGCAAUCAGGACAACCGUUAAUGAGGAUCCCACACAGCUACGCAGCUGUUCAUGAUUGACAGUGUAUAUUUCUCUAGUGUGUAUUUCCUGCCCCAUGCUCCACUACACAUUUUUUCCUUUCAUCGUAAUCUUUUUGUUGUGAAAGUUGAAUAUUCUUCAACUUUCAUUUGUACAGACUUCACAUUCAGUGCCUUGAAAUGAUGCGAGCGACAAAUCAAUAAAUGUAAUUGUAUUCUUUUA